GUCACUAAGGAGGAGUGGGCGUGUUCUUCUGCGCGCCGCAUCGUUUGAUGUCCCCCUCCCUACUCUACCCCCACCCCACCCAACGAACCUACACGGUGGUGCUCUCAGGGGGCGAGCUUGGACCAAUCAAAGCGAUCAAAGCAGAUUCUCCUCGCAUGAGGAUUUUUGGUCUGGAAGCAGAUCCGCGUGCGGCGCACCGGUCAGCGGAGCAGCACCGCAGCGCAGCGCGCCUGAGAAGUUACAGCAGAGGGGUCCGCAGUUGGCCAAGACGCGUUCAGCUCAUGGACUAGCUAAACAGAAUGUCAUGAAAUAUUUUGUCAGCCAGUAGAGGUGAUUUCAGUUUUUCUCUUAUUUUGGACUCUCUAAAGGAGGGAAAACACUGGCGACAUAAACCCCCCAAACUGGCAUUGUGCGCGCAGGAGGUGGAAGAGAUUUUUUAAAAGAUGCAGGUAGAUCGGAGAUGCGCGGUUUGCUGUGCUUGGUUUACCUGGCUGCUCUUACUUUUCUCAACUCUGAGCGUCGGGGCGAGCGGGGUGGGAGGCACCCACAAGAGCAUCCCUGCGUCCGUGGUGAAGUUGUGGGCAUCAGCAUUUGGUGGUGAGAUGAAGUCCAUUUCUGCAAAGUACUCUGGCUCCCAGCUGCUGCAAAAGAAAUACAAAGAGUUUGAGCAUACAGUGCGGGUGGAGGAGAUCGAUGGGCUUCGGCUGGUGAAGAGGCUGGCAAAGAACAUGGAGGAGAUGUUUCACAAGAAAGCCCAGGCCAUGAAGAUAAAACCAUCCGGCCAACUCAAUGCAACUUUCUACUAAACACGGAGAGACGAUGGCUCCUGCUAAUGGCGUCUCUAAAACCCUCACCUCGAUGACUGAUAAUUGUAGAUCUCGAGGGACUUUCUGUGUGAGUUUACAUGUGUGCGCCGUGUGAACGCUGUGCAUGUUAAUGUGAGGUGGAGAUGAAACACUGGUCAGCAAGCUAAUGCACUUUUGCUGUCAAGAAGGCAGAAAAACAAAAAAGGUGGCAGAAAAGCAAGGCAGCGUGUAAGAGGAAAAAAAUGUAAAAGGGAAGAAGGAGUGGAAAGUAAUGCCUGCACACUCUACACAGGAGUUUUAACCCCUGUCCUGCUGCUAUCAGGAUUACACUUCACCUUCUGGUUUUCAUUCCUGGCAGUCGGCCUUGUGAUGAGUUGCUAGUGGCGGAAUUGUAAUGGAUUCUCCCAUGAGUGCCUUUCUCUCUCCAUCUUGCUCUAAUUUCUCGUGGCUUUUAUUCCUAAAACUCACAUCUCUCUGGCCUUGUGUGCCCUUCUUUUAGCCUUCUUUAAGCAUCCCUCUCUUUUUUGUCUAUGUUUCCUCUCUCUACCCCCCCCCCCCCCCACGCCCCCAUCUCUCUGUCUUUUGCUUAAGUAUAUUUGACGCUUCAGCGAUUCAGUUUCUGUGCAGGCGCUCUCCCCUGCCUGCCAUUGUGGUUUUAUCUCUUCGUUGGUCCAAUCGCUCACUACCACCUGCUAUGAGACGGCAGCCUCCAUUACCGUAAAAGGGAGCACCUGUAAAUGUGUGAGUGUGUGUAUGUUUGCUAACAUAAUAUUUUUAAUGUGGAGAGAGACGUCGUUUAUUGGUAUCAGUUCAGAUUUGCCCUUUUAUUACAGCCUAUGUGGAAUUAAGCCCAUUAAUAAGAACUGGGCCCCAUCAAUUGUUCCAUUGAUGAUGAGAGUGAAGAAGUGGUUUCACACCUCAAAGUGUGACACAUUCUGCUACAGUGACAUGCAAACAUGUAAAAACAGAUUUUUUAGGCCUGAUACUGUUGGCUUUUGGGUAAGUGAGGUGUUAUUUUCCCAAAGUAAUUGUGUUUAGAGUUUGAAAUUUCUUUUACCUCUUGGGCUAAAAAUGAAACAGAAUUGUUCAGCCUACAAAUAAAUGUAGAAAUAAAAACUCUUAAGACAGCGUGUAGGGUGCUCAGCCUCACAUUUACAAAAGUCUCACUUGCACGCCCCUUUCUAGGCUUCCUUGGUAUCAAACACAAGGCAUCCUUAUAGGCAACCUCCAGCGUACGCAUACUUUCUUACAGGUUGUCCAGGUGUGCCGUGUGCAACGGUGUACAAUCAGCCUUAAACAAGGUUACAUUUACUUUAUCAGAACAAGACCCAAACUUAUUUUCCUGGGCAUAUAACAUACGGCACUGCCUAUACAUCCUGUCAUGUCCUCUGUGAUUAUAUGACCAAGAUUUUUGACUUCCUUGGUAUAAUUGGUCACUCUGAGCUUUUUACGCAGACUGAACAUGGAAAUGGUCUCCUACUUCUGCAUUCGCUUUUGAUAGAAAAUAGAUGGUGAAACUCUAGAAUUUGAAAAGCAUCGCAUAUCUAUGUCAAGCAGUUGCUUGGACUCAUCCAUAUUGACUCGAGACAGGGAAGGCUGUGGUUGUUUUCGCAUCCAGCAAACAGCUAGCAGAAGCUAACCAUUAGCAUUAACAACUCAACCACACCGAAAAGCUCCUCCAGACUUGUGUUAUUUAAGGAGAUAUGUAACACAUUUCGCAGAGCAAACUGAGUUAGUUGUAGUGGUAGAGUCACGUUGUUAUUGUCCAACUCAAGGCAAGAUAUCCAAAUAUAAGGAUAUAAAACUCCAAAUCCUGCUGUAUGCUUCCACUCUCUGCUGCAGCAGACUUCUCCGUGUUGAUCAGUGACACAUCUGGGCUUUUUUGCCUUGAGUACAGCUUGCAAGGCAUUCAUUGUAACACUAACCCUAAAGAGCUCACUGGUAAUGUAUUGAUUAAGCAGAGUUUCCCACACCUUUAAAGGGAGUUUCUAUUGAAAAGUUACAGACAACUACUGUAUUGUCCUUUCUAAGUAGCUAUUUGGGACAAACUCUGUUUAAAGAAACAGAUAUUAGUUUUGACGAGAUUGAUGAGCCAACAGCUAGGCACAGCAGGACCAAGACUAGUAAGUAAAAAAGUAAAUGAAACGUAUUAAUAGAGCGGCUUUUGCAGAUAAGGAUGCCGCAAAGCAUACUCACUACCCAAAGCUCAUGACCAUAAGCGAGGGCAGGAACGUAGAUCGACCGGUAAAUCGAGAGCUUCGCCUUCUGACUCAGCUCUCUCUUCACCACGACAGACCUGUACAAUGCCCGCAUCACUGCAGAUGCAGCACCAAUCCGCCUAUCGACCUCAUGCUCCAAUUUUCCCUCACUCGUGAACAAGACCCCGAGAUACUUAAACUCCUCCACUUGGGGCAGGACCUCAUCCCUGACCCAGAUAACGUUAUUGAAGAAAAAAGUAAGAGCAAACUAAAAGUUUAACGGCUUGCUUUACUGAUGGGGAUAAAAGCUGUGUUAGGUAGUCGGGUCCCUGGUUAUUCAGAGCUCUGUAGCCACAGAGCCAGUGUAGAGAGUGUGUCAUCGGGGUCUGGCAGACACUUUUUAAAUGGCUCUAGAGGGAUGAUUUAUUCAGACCAGGAAAAGUAGUGUUACAAAAGUCCAGACAAAAUAAAACAAAGGCAUGGGUUAUUUUUUCCAAAAUUUGCAGGUGAAACGGUCUUCUGAAUUUUUGAGAUGUUUCUUAAGUGAAAGAAACAGGAAUGGGAGUAUGUGUGAAUCAAAGCUCAAAACAGAAUCAAAGAUUAUGCCUAGACGAAGGUCAUCACUGUAAAAGUGGUUUAAGAUGUCAGGGAAAGACUGAUUUAUGGUGGCUAAUGGAAGGACACAGAAAGAAAAUAAUGUGCUCCAGAACCAAGCCUUGUGGGACCCCACAAACAUUGCAUGUUUAAGUGUUUGGGGAAAAAGGAUUACACAUCAUUCCUAUUUUCUCCACAAAAAGUGUACACACGUUCUUCUUACUUUACAUUUUCAUUAUUUUUGCACUUUUGUUUGUAAUUUCUAGUGAGUCUGGCACUACUUUGCAGUUAAAUAAACAUCAGAGAACAUUAGUGAAGAAAAAAGUUGGCAGACACCAUCAAUCACUGUUUCUGAGCUAAAUCUGAUCUUAUGAUCUGUAUGAAAGCAAAGUAUUCAUGCAAUUACUUUGCCCAGUAAAAUACAUUUUGCAUUGUCAUAGUCUUUCUGAGCUUUGCUUUCAGUAUUGCCUUAAUUUAGCAUCUGACCUCAGGCUCAUAUCACAAACAUCAUCGUUAUCUGUUUUGGAAUAAGGGUGACCACAAACUACGAGGCAAAUUCAGUUGAUGUCAGAGCAGCAACCAUCUCCGUCAUCUGGCUCCUCUCAGGCUGAUUUCCUGUCACAGAGAAAUCAAAGAAGAGUCACAGAAGAGGUUUUUAGACUGAUGAAAAAAGUUGUGUAAGGCAGGACAGGUGGGAAAGGUAAAUGUCAGGAGGAGAUGGGUCGAUGGUUCAGUCUUGGCAUAAAAUGAGAAUAAGGAAAGAGGAAAUGUGUGGCAAAGACAGGGAGAAGUGGUGGAGAGUGGGGACUAUGUUGUGUUCAAUACUUCAGUUUCACUCUCAGUCAGCUGGCAUCGCUAUUGAUAAUUAGCACUUGAUGUUUCAAGUCUACAGCUCCCUUUGCUAUAAUUGUUUUUUAUCUUAUCUUAUUUAUCUAUGCCAUGCUCCAGUUAUUUGGCUUGGAUCCAAUCAAAACCUGUUCAACAGAAGAAAGAAAGUGUCAGAGAACACAAUCCAAGUUUGUUGAUGCUCUGACUUUUUGGUGGCUGCCUAGUUUGAGAUUCUUAAUUGUGAUGCCUUGUUAGCAUUGAUGUGCUAGCUCAAGCCAGUUCUGCUCAGCCAAUCCAAGACCUCUGGCACAAUUCAAGCCUCAAUGAUCUGCCCUGCUUCUGUUGGAGGUCAAGUCUUAGUUGGCAUUUCCUGUGUAAAUGAUGGGUAGUUUACAUCUUACUUAUGAACCAUAAAAUGUGAGAUUCCAUAGAAAUAUGAAAUAUCAAUCUGAUGGAUCUUUGAAUAUUUCAACCAGAAGAUCAGAACUUUUUAUUGCAGGGAUUACUUGACACUUCGCAUUAACUCUGAGGAAAGAGAGAGAGAGUCAGGUUUAUAAUAGUUAAGAGAUGUAUUUCUACACAAUUUAAAUGGGCAUUAUGGAAGUUUGACAGCCAAAACAUGUGUAGAAAUAAUAGAUUUCUUCUUAAUACAUUCUCCUGCAAUGCCCUGGUCCUGUAGAAUGAGCCCUGGCAUUUUUACUGUGAUUGCCUAUUUUUCUGUAAAAUCACAGAAAAAGAGAGCUGCUCGGGUCGAGCAGGCUGCUUCAUGCGCGUUCACGCUCAGGCAUAGCCCUCCAAACCGUUCUUUGAACUUUGUUUCAGCUGUCAUCAAAGAUAUAAAUGUUACAGACACAAAGUGUGUCAUUGGUGCUUUAGCUCGCCUAGUAAGACCUCGGACUUUCGUGCAGAGGACCCGGAUUCGAUUCUGGAUGCGAACAUAGUUUAUUUAGAGUUUCAUUUUUACAUUAAUGGUAUAUU